AUGGUUGAGUUUGAAUACGAAAACGUUCAGUUGGAUGGUGUUGAUGGCACUUGUGUUUUGAAUGAUUUUGACUUGCUCUUCAGUGUUUCAAAUUCAGUUUAUAAAUGGUCGCUUUCAAACUGGACCCGGUCAGAAAAAUCUAAAAAAACAGCAAAAGUUAGACUGACCUUUAAGGAAUCUUCGGUUAGACUAUCUCCAGAAUCCUCGGAUUUCGAUUCGCUAAUAAAGCCAAUUAUCAUCGUCGAUUUUAACGAAAACAGGGAUAAGCUAGAGCAGUUUUGCGAUUUCAUAGCAAAUGUCUCCAAUAAAUCGAGGAAGGUUACGUAUGAAGCGCAGUCGCCACAGGAAGGUUUGGGAUCUCAGUCAAAUGACUUCUCAAGUCAAAUUUCAACGUUUGAAAAGAUCGUGGCAGAUGAAAUAGACCAGUCGAAGAGGGUUCUGUUAAAUUCAAGCGUACACCUUUCAACUUUGUAUAACACGUUGAUAUCGCCGGUCAGUGACUACCAUGGUUACAUUACGCCCAAGGACUUCUGGGACCAUCAUAAGCUUGAACUCACGUCUAAAUUUGUUCAGCCACUAGCAAGGUCUAAUUUGGAAGGAUUUGUCGCAGUUCCCCCUGCCAGUACAGUCGUUAACUCGCAGAACGUGUAUAACUACACGCCGGAAUUGGUGGAAGCGCUUCUGACCGAGGACGAAACGAUUCGCCAUUUGCACAAAAAACUGGUUGUGGAAAAGAAUUUCCCCGAGGAGAACUUUUGGAAGAGGAUGCUUCAGUCACGCUACUUUUACAACCUCAUCGGAGAAAAGGUACCGGAGAACCAAAUAGUGUACGACGACAUAAAGGGGAUACCCAUUAAGAGGACGCUGAAAAGAGUGGACACGAAUGAAGUGUUAACCAGCUCAGAUCUCUCAAGUGAGCUUAUUACGUUCCUCGACUCGAAGAAGACUAAGAGGAAUAACAAGUUCCUCAACAUAAAGCAUAAAUUUGGAAAGACCUUUAAGCCAGAUGAUACCAGAGAGUUGCUGGUUCAGAGGUUCAACCGUCACUCGUACAAUAUAAUCAGAGAUUCGCAGUCCAACGUCUCUGAUUUCAGCAAUUCGGCGAACAAUGGAGCGGAUUCCAAUUCACUUGAAUCUGAGGUCGAAAAACAUCGCAAAAUUAAACUGUUGGACGUUUCAGAAAAGGAUUUACAGGAAAAGGACCGGCAGGAAUUAAUCAGUAACCUCUGUAUAAUAACUUCUCUGUCUAUGCCCGGUCAGACGCAACAGCAGGCGAAGCACCUUGUGAAGUCCGAAUCGACUGAAUCCGUGAACAAGAUACAGUUUAAAAUUCGCCAGUCUAGUUUAACUGAGGCUGCAAGAUGGGUCAACGACCUGAGGCAUUUUGAUGUGUCAAAAUAUUUGAGCGAUUAUAAAAACGACGAUUUGGUCAACAGGAGAAUGUUUGUCCUUAAUACUAAGCUGUGUCAAUCUGAGAAGUUGAUGCAAUUGGCACAAUUCGAUUAUGACCCUAGUACUGUCAAUCGCAUGAAGGAGAUUCAGAAGGAGAUUGUCGAGAUUUUACAAAUCUACUAUCGGACUCUGAUGCCCGAGGAGGAUAAGAGGGGCCGGCUUUUGACUGUACUGCGGAGCAUUAAGCAGAAGAUAGAAUCCAUGAACGAUGCUGGCAUUUCUUCACACACUGCCAAGGCUCUACAGUCGAGUCUUCUUGAUCAGAUCACUGCUGUAGAGGCCUACGACAUGAAGCUCAGAUCUUAUUUGUCAAGCCUAAGGUCUCAAAGGGCCAAGUGA